GCGGGUCUCUCGCUUUCCCGUCCCCGCUCAGCGAUGCCCUCCGAGGCCGUUCUGCAGCCAUCCCCCAGCAAGAGGCAGAAGGGCUCGGUACCCAGGGAGCCCACCGCACGGCUCCGCUUCACUAAGCUGUCCGAAAACGCCUCCGCCCCCUCCAGGGGCUCUGCUCGGGCUGCGGGCUACGAUCUAUACAGUGCCUAUGACUGUGUGAUACCACCCAUGGAAAAGGCUGUAGUGAAAACAGACAUUCAAAUUGCACUUCCUUCUGGAUGCUAUGGUCGAGUAGCACCGCGUUCUGGUUUAGCUGCAAAGCACUUCAUAGAUGUUGGUGCUGGUGUUAUUGAUGAGGAUUACAGGGGAAAUGUUGGUGUGGUACUCUUCAACUUUGGCAAGGAGACUUUUGAAGUUAAAAAAGGGGAUAGGAUUGCCCAGCUCAUCUGUGAACGCAUUUACUAUCCUGAGCUAGAAGAAGUUCAAGCUCUAGAUGAUACAGAACGUGGCGAAGGUGGCUUUGGUUCUACGGGAAAGAACUGAAAAUGAUUUGAAUAUGCUUUCUAUAUUUUUUAUUUUGUUAUGCUAUUUCUAAAUUUUCAUUUGCAUUAGAAGUGGGAUUUUGGAGUACAUAAAAUUCAAGUUUUAUUCAGAAUUCUCUGUAUCUGUCCUCUUGUCUAUUUUUACAGGCAGUGGAUUCAUCUGCAUUACAGGGAAACAUGCAUGACUGACUUUAUUGAUUAGUUGAUGGAUUAUUUUUUCUUUUUGUAGAUAUUCAGUCCUCAGUAAUAAGAACUCAUUGUUUAUGUGCUGAUUAUACUCUAAUAAAUUAAAAAAAUAACUUAAUGAUUUUAUUUUAUUUUACUCACCUAAACUAAAAUGGCUGAUUGUUCCCUUGCCAGUUUGUGUUAAUCUUCUGAAAGCUAUCUUCCAUGUAGCUCAGUAUUUCAGGCUGAGGGCCUAUUUCAUACAGAAUUGGUGAUAAUACAGGUAUCGAUAUGACUUCACACUCUGACCCCUAAGUCAGAAUAGGGCAAAGAUAUUUAACAUUGCAUCUUCUACAACCUGUCAAACUACGUGUGUUUCUGUUCAAAGCUAAAGUUCUGUCUUUGAUCCUUAGCUGAUCCUCAAACAGCCAAUUUUUCAGCUCUCUAUUAAAAGAGCAGGCAAUACAGUGUUUGAGCUAAAUAACACAACUCAUCUGGAAAUAACUUCUAUAUAGUAAAUAAAUGCUACAAAACAUGCUAUUGAAAUAUUUGUUGACAAAUUCAUUAAUAAGUUACUGUAUGGAAGAAAGAUUCUGAAUGAUUGAAGCAGUGCAUGAAUUGUUUUUUUUCAGCUCUAUUUUGACCAGUUAACAUACUUUUGGAAUCUGUCCCGAACCUGAUUGUUUCAUUAAGUGUGGGAACCUCUUAAAUUACUCAAAAGCUUUCAGCUGAAAGAACGUGCACACAAGAGAAGGGACAAAAAGGAAAGAAUCUUGAGUAUUUUGCCACUUUACAGAAAAGAAUUAGAAAAGGCUGUGAGGCUCUCAAACAUAAUUUUUUUUUCCUGCAGCUGUCUGUAUUCUCUUUUUAGAUUUUCUUAGCUGAAAGGUCACAGGUAUGAAACACUGUGCUUUAAGUAGCGUUUCAACAGUGGAAAGGUAGGCCCUUUUGUAGACUAAGAUGUUCACAGCAUUCUUCUCCUUGGUAGUCUCGGAUAACAACAACCCUGUUGGUAUUAGUGUCACGUCCUUGUCUAGGACUAACCAUUUCCAGUGAAGUAGGCCCAAAAUACUGCGCGUUUUAUACGUUUUACACAUUUUACCCCCCCUUCCCCAAAGAGCUGGAAAAUAAAGUGUAAUAUGACAGCAUUCAGACCCCUUCAACCAUAGGAUAGUCAUUACAUUGACAUGGCAGUGCUGAAACAGUAAGUACAUUCAUCUUUGACUAGGGUAGAAGUCUCUCCCUCCAUGUGCAUUAGAUGCUUAUCAGUCCUUUCUGCCUUCCCCCCCCCCCAUCACAACACUGUGCUUAUAUCUGUAUACCCAGACCUUCAUAAGCAGGCUUACCAUCCAAAAGCCUAUUGUAAGCAAGAAGCACAUCAUACCAAUGAAGUUUUAAAUGAAUUGGAAAAGCUGAUCUUGACACUUAAGUUUCUUCCAUUCUGUAACCUGCCAAAAAGGAACUUCAGUUACCAAAGGCUAUUUAAAGGUCUUUUAAAAUAACUGUGAUCCUUUUGUGUAAAGCUCUUUCCUCUUGCUGGACUGUAAGUUGAGAGCAAGUUUUGCUGCUCCUCUUUUCUUCUCUUCCUGCCCCCAAAGGAAAAAAACAGCAGGGGAUACACUGAUGCAAGUGCUUUUUAAAAGAUACUACAAGAUGAUCUUGCUUGGAACAGCAACCUACAAGGAAAAAGUUUAAGUUCUGUUGGCAUGUACAAUGUGUUGUACCUGUUGGAAAUUGAUCUAAUUUCCAUUUUUGAAAGUAAUACUAAUAGUCCAGAUUCUGAGAUAAGGAGGAAUAGUAUUAGCUUCUGAGAUAGUGCUUUUUCUAGCAAUCUCAGACGCACAAAGAAACAUAAAUUUACAGAUCCAUGCCUGCUGUAAGUUGUCAACAUACAGUUAUCUAAGUGUCAUUACCAAAAAGGGCUCACUUAUUUUGAAAAUUGGUAUAGUUGAGUUCCUUUUCAUCGUUUCUCAAUACUUAAGUAGAGCAGCAUGUAAUGAGUUUAAGAUUACUGCAAGGCUCUUCCCAGUAGGACCUUGGAAAAGUCUGUCCAUCUGAAACAAUGGAAAUGUUUUCAAGCUUUCAAGCUCACCUCUACACUGAGCUCCUCCCUGUGCAUCAAACCAUUGUGCUAGGGUAACAAAUCCUGGUAAUUCCUUUUAUAGUGUUGGGGUUUUGCUUCAAUACGAGUAGCAAAUCUAUAGAAGACAAAUACUUCUAACCAGGCAGCAAGCGUUACAUACCCAUGUAUUGAAAGCUCUUGAGUUGAUGCUUGCUACUGCAGACCAGGGCCUGUAUUGAAACCUGUAGGAACUUUUUGUUUUGGUAGUGAGUAGAGAGUUCUUACAACAGUAUUUGCUACUUUCUGGUUCAAACCACGCUGCCUGCAUCUCCCUUUUAAAAAAAAAAAAAAAAAACAAAACCACAAAACUCCCACAAUUUCAUUAAUACGAAAAGCAAUACCCUCAAAAUUCUUUUAAUGUUCCCUUUUUCCAUUAAUAUCACCUAUGCUACGAAAGUAUUUUAUCUUGGUAUCUGGUAAAUAUACACAGAAGGCACAGAACAGUAUCUGUUGCAGAAGCUAGUUUUUAACUUCCCCUGGCUCUUACUUGUACAAUUCACCCUCUCCCUAUAAGCAAGGGGAAGAAGACAGACUGGCACAUCUUCAGCAAGGUUUAAAUUUCCCUCUUUAUAAAGGUACACUUUAAGUUUUAAUUAGCACAUUUGAUCCUGUUUUAAACAAAAAUCGGAAUGUUUAAAAAUUUCUAUAUUAGCAAAAGGAAGAAAGGACUGGGAAACACGUUGAUCUUGUUCAUUACUUUGAGAUCUAUCCUGCCUAAAUUAACUCGUCGUAAAUUAUUUUUGUAAUUCAAUGAAAAACUGGCUAAGUGUGUCAUUGACCGAACAACAUGCUUGAGCAAGUAACCUCAUGAGAAGCUAGACACUAACAUGCAUAGGUCUUACUUCUAUCUAGAGAGAUUCAUGUCUCCAGAACCUGUCGCUGAGGUGUGAUCCCCAAGGCUCACUAUAGCUAUGAAACUGAGGAGAUGUAAAGCUCCAAAGCAAGUCCAAAGUAUAAUGCUAUUUGCAAAAAAAAAGAAAAUUACAUUAAAUAAAAAUUAUGUUGAGCUGCUCUCCAUUGUCACUGAACAGGUCCAGACAAAGCUAUUUAAGUUUAGACUGUCAACUACUGUUGUGGAAGGGACAUGUCAUCUCCAAGAAGAGUUACCUAAAGCUUGGGGAAUGAUCUUGUGGAACGUCCUUCAUGUAAAUGGAAUGUGGAGCUUUUGUAAUGGAAAAUAAUUUGUUGGGAAUUCUCAUCUGUAGCAGAAGAUGGCUUUUUCCUGCAGGGAAAGGAAAAGGACAUUACUAACUAACAAUCUGCCUCCUUUCUUUUAGAAAUGGAUUUGACCCGUUACAAAUAGAGGUAAGAGAAAAUCUGGCCUUCAACCCCAGGUGAAUUUGGAGGAGAAUGCUAACUUUUGAAUUCAGAUGCUUGGCUCCAGAUUCACCCCCAUGGUGUGGAUUCUAUUUUGAGAUCUGAAAGGGUUCUAAUUUGGACUGAAAUACAUAUGACAACUUGUAUUUCCUUACCAAGGCAGACGCUGAUAAGCUGCUGAGUGUCUUGAAGGAACAGGUGAUCACUAGACAAUUCCUACCAUUUGAACUCUCCACUUACAGACAAAAAUCUUAGAAGAAAAAUUAUGGUAAUAAUACCAUUGAUCUUUAGUCCUUUUCUUGGUUCCCCAAAGUAUUAACCUGGUCUUUAGCGGUUGUGAAUUUAAGCACUGCUUCCUCAGUUCAGCUACAGUUAUAUUACUCUGUGGCAUGUUAAGAAUUUUUUAUUUCACGUUUUUUAGUAGAUCAGCCACUAGAUGGCACUUAAAGUUUGCUUUCUUUUCCACUUUUUUUCCAGAGGUAUUUUUUCAAAGAUCUGUUCAUCUAUAAUUAGGAGUUGAUGACUCCCAUUGGGACUAUGUUGGCGGAAAGCAAGAUGCAGCAAUGUUUGAGUGAAAGCAGGCAAAAGUAUAACCAUUAAAGGGGGAACAAUGACUAUAAUUUAAAUAAGAUUUGGGUGGUUGCAGUGUUUGCAUAAUCCCUCCUGGCAUGCAAGAGCAGUAGAGAAGCCUGUGGCUUUGCUCUCCUGCUGUGUUUCAACAAAAAUGGAAAAUUGUAAUGAACAGCAACAUUUUUCCUAUCUUUCAUAUUCACUCUCUUCUUACUCCCCCUCCCUCCAUUCCUUUAAGUGGAAUGCAGUCUACUUAAGGAUUGCAUUGUAAUGAAAGCAGCGUAUAGCUUGGUAAACUCUGCACUGGAUUCUUCAAAUCAGAUGCCUCUUGCUGCAAGUUCAGGACAUAAAUUAAAAUUUACUUAAUACAUGUUAACCCAGUAGAGGCAGGUGACAUAUAGUAACCUGAAUUAUAUUAAUUUUUAUUAAGGUUCCCUAGUUUCUGUAGUAGCGCAGUCUGGUGCUCUUGUAUUUGUCUUCCCUCCCUCCCCCCCUUCUAAUUUUUUUUUUUAUAUAACUAUCAUUGUAUUCUUGCUUAAAGAUGGUUAAAUAAGUUUCGGUAUUAAGUAAACUUCUAUGACCCUGCCUAUUUCCUGUCCUGUCAAACCUUUCCUUGUAAGAAUAACAGUGUCCUUUUAUUUGGUGGAGUGUAGCAUGAUGUUUUUGGCAGGCCCAACAUUUUUGACUUGCAUAAAUUUGUGACCUCAAGUGCAAGAAAAGUGAAUGCUUGCUUCAGUGCCUCAUGGUUUCUGCCUAAAAAGAAAAGUGUCCACAUCGCUAACCAUUACAAUUUCUGAAGGAAAAUUAUCAGCACACUUAUUCCACCUGAUUGCACAUGACUGCACUUCCAAGGAAAAGAAUCAGAAAUAAAAAUAAGUAUUUUGCACCUAGUUAUGUAAGGUACCAAAAGUCUGAAAAUAUAGGGCAGACUGUACUGCCUUACUGGUUUCUAGAAUUGGCACGCAUGGCAAUUCCCUCACUAAAAGCUAUUUGGCAAUCUCUACCUCAGUGAGGAUGCGAUUCUGCAAAGUGUAAAUUUGGGUCUGCUGCUGGGCAAAGAAUGUCAUUGCAUGGUUGAAGGUUGCAGGAUCAGGUCUGAAGUGAAUUAACGUAAUUAUUUUCCUAAACUUUCCCUCCAUUAACUGUGUGGUUAUUUAGCUCUUUACUGCUGAAGGAUGCUUUUCCCCUACUCUGUUAGGACACAGCAAGAAAACUUUUUACCCUGCCAAGCCUGAAAACCCGACAGAUUAAUUUUAUAAUUUGAGAGCCCUCAUCCAGAAAGUAACUACUGUAUUUUAAUACGUAAAAUAUGCUUAAAUAAACAUAUGUGAGCUGUAUAGGCACACUUACUUGUUUCCCCUUAGAUUUUGAUUGUUUUUUCAUUAUGUCACAAAAAUGUAAUAUUAAUCAUUGGCUUUUUAGGAAACAUUUGUAUAGUAAAUUUUGUAACAGAAAUAAAAGCUUUGUAU